AUGACGGACCAUGCGAACCGUACAGAGGCCUUCUCGAAAGAGAAGGCUCUGGGAGAUGAGAAGGAAAGUAAUGAUGCAAAUAUUGGCUCGACCCUUUCCCAAGAGCUCAAUCUUGAGUCUGCCAACUAUAUACCAUUGACGGUUGCUACUGUGAGCUCAAUAUCCCAAGAGCAACAAAAAAGCGAUUCUCAAACAGCUAGGCGGAACAUCGGGGCACCGCAGGACACGGGCAUUGUUGGCAAACAGGAACUUCCGACGAGCGAUGCCCUCUCAAACAAUCAAGUGGGGAAGCAGGAUUUUAUAUCAAGAACACCCUUGUCCCCUUCUAGAGAAAUGAUGGGUGGUGAUUGGGAAUUUGUGGUCACAACUGAAUCAGAUUUGACAAUUGGAACGCAAGCGAAGCCAUCGUCUACCGACGGCUAG